AUGGAGUGCAGAGCAGCUUCCCAGAGUCCCGUCCCAGUCUCAGAGACUCUGGGGGUUCAGUACAGGGAGGAGGACCCCAUCUCGGCAGAUGGUGGGCCAGGGACCCUGGAAGCUAGACCAGAGUCAGUCCUGGUCUCAGAGACUCUGGGGGUUCCGUACAGGGAGGAGGACCCCAUCUCGGCAGAUGGUGGGCCAGGGACCUGCCAGAGCCAAGUGACUCAGGAAGGUGAGCUUUUCAGUCUGAAGGCCUGUGAGUCCUCCUUGCGCCCCUCCUGCCCGCACUCCUGUGGCUGCCUGACACGAGUCAUCAUGCCUCGAGCUCCAAAGCGAAGACGCUACAAGCUUGAGAUUCCUGAGGCUGUGGAAGAGGAUUCUUCCUCCUCCUCCUCCACCUGCUCCUCUUCUUUUCCUUCCUCUUUUUCCUCCUCCUCCUCUUCCUCUUCCUAUCCUCUGCUUUCAAGUAACCCAAGCACCUCAUAUGAUGCUGCUGGGGCACCGAGUUCUCCCCGGAGCUCUCCAAGUGCCUAUGCCUCCCCUACUGCCUUUGCCGCUGCUGCUCCCUUGAGCCAAUCCAGCAGCGAAGAAGGGGAGGGUCCGAGUACCUCCUGGGCCCUGCCAGGCCCAGCGCCCUUGCCCAGAUAUGUGAUUAAUGAUAAGGUAGCUGAUCUGGUGGGGUUCCUGCUCCUGAAGUAUCGCACAAAGGAGCUGACCACAAGGGCAGAAAUGCUGAGUAGCAUCAUCAGAGAGCACCAGGACCACUUUGCUGUAAUCUUUAGGGAGGCCUCUGAGUGCAUGCAGCUGGUUUAUGGCAUUGAUGUGAAGGAAGUGGACCCCACCAGCCACACCUAUGUCCUAGUCACCAACCUGGGCCUCACCUAUGAUGGGAUGGUGAGCGAUGAGCACAGUAUGCCCAAGACUGGCCUUCUGAUACUCAUCCUUACUAUAAUCUUCUCGGAGCAUGAUUGUGCCCCCGAAGAGAGGAUAUGGGAAGCACUGAAUGCCAUGGGGGUGCAUGCUGGGAUGGAGCAUAGCAUCUAUGGGGAGCCCAGGGAGCUCCUCACCAGAGUUUGGGUGCAGGAACAGUACCUGGAGUACCGGCAGGUGCCCAACAGCGAUCCUGCACGGUACGAGUUCCUGUGGGGUCCCAGGGCCCACGCUGAGACCACCAAGUUGAAAGUCCUGGAGUUUUUGGCCCAGGUCAGUGGGUGUGACCCCAGAUCAUACACACACUGGUAUCAGGAGGCUUUGAGAGAGGAGGAACAGAGAGCCCAGGCCAGAGUUAGCACCACAGAUGAUACUACUGCCAUGGCCAGUGCAAGCUCUUCUGCCAUGGCCAGUAGCUUCUUCUGCCCUGAGUGA